GCGCGAAAUUCGGCCGGCGCGCACUCCAGUCAUGAUGCGACCGCGGUUCAUCCGAGAAUUUCUAUUUUUAAAACGCGCGCGACCGACCACCGGACGACUGUCGUCGUCGCCGUCGCCGUCGUUGUGUACGCGUGUCUUAUUUUUCGUAAUAAUAUUAUAAUAGUCCUAUUGUAUAAUAAUGUACAGCGCAUGAUGUACAACCACAACAACAACAACAACAACAAUAAUAAUUAACAUUAUAAUAAUCGGCCAGCAAAAGGACGUAGGUACCUACUACAUAAUAGAAUAUAGUAUAGUAUAGUAAUAUUAUUCACAGCUUGCUAGUUAUAAAAAUCCACUGUCGUCGGCGUAAUAAUAAUCGCAUAUUAAAAUAAAAAAUCUGCUGCUCCCUUCCACAUCCAUCCACCCACCCCAUUGGCAUUACGGACCGAAAAUAAUCAGCCAUAGAUUUUAAAUCGUGACCUACAAACAGACGCGGUCUCAUCGACUUGGGCACGCGCUACUCAUAUCAAUCUUAUCGCGUAUAUCGUCGGCGGUAAUACAUACCGUCAAGUAGACAGAAGGUACUUGAGGUAGAUUAGAUACGAUAUAGGUGUGUAUAUUACGCGGCGCAGGUGGUCGGCCGCGCGCGCUAAAAUAUAAAGUAUAGACGCCGGGCGGGCACGACGUUGGUCCGCAGCUGAUGAGGGCCGGAGCACCGUCGGUAGUCGCAGAAUGAGAAUACAACACGCUGACAUCACGAUGAUGUUCACCGGCAACAGGAAGAGGAGUUGUAGCAACAACUCACAAAAACGGCAGACGUCGGACAACCGGUCCCGCAGCAACCACCGUUCCGAGAGCAGAGGUCGAAGUAAAAUUCCACAAGGGUUACCUCCUACUAGUUACAAUUUAGCUGAUGGAGAUUUAGCAGAUAGCUUACAACAACGAGUUGAUAUAGCUAGAGGCCACGCGAUUACUAAAAGACGUGGUGCGAUUAAACACCAAAAAGUACACAUCGUAAAAGGGCAUAAGUUUUUAGCUAAAUUUUUCAGACAGCCGACAUUCUGUGCAUUUUGCAAAGAUUUUCUAUGGGGUUUUGGAAAACAAGGAUAUCAAUGUCAAUCUUGUCAAACUGCUGUACAUAAAAAAUGUCACGACAAACUUCUUAUACAAUGUCCAGGCACCGGGCGAGAUACAGAAAGCACAGUGGUGAGUCAAUCAAACUACAAAUGAAAUAGGCUAUUGUUAUUCAUUU